AUGAAGUACUUUCUUUGGGCUGUCAUGCCUAUUGCGGCAGAGUGUGGGGAGGUGUUGUGGAGUGGCUUCUUCAAUUCGUCGUCCACAGUCAAAGAAUUUGAUGAAUGGUCCUGGUCCAACCAAAUCGGCGAUUAUCAGUGGUACAUUCACGGGGAUGGAGAGACCAGCGAUUAUCUUGGGCUGUCAGAGGGGUUCAAGAAUCCGGCAGAUAAAAGUGACGAUCAGGGGAUCCGAAUUACAAUUGAUGGAACAUCGUCUUGGAACGGCCAAACCAUGAUGCGCAGCGAGCUUAUCCCCCAAACAAAAGAGGACCUUGGAAGUGGCCAUUUGUUCUAUCAUUUCUCGCUCUCCACAAAUGAAACAAACGGCCCGAAUCCGAAAUUCGAACACCAGAUCGCAUUUUUCGAGAGCCAUUUCACCGAACUCAAAUACGGUUUACUGAGCGGCGACUCGGCCGCAAAGGACAACACCCUUCGCUGGUGCGUGAGCAGCGAAACACACUGGUCAACUGAGCUGCAGGCCGGCCAUUGGUACAACUUCGCCUACGACAUUGAUUUCGACGCGCAGACGGUCGGCCUGUGGGCCUCCAACGGGACUGACGCGCUCACACAGGUCGUGAAGGGAGUCAGCGCGUCCACGUCGACCAAUUCGGCGGACUUCCAUAUUGGACAAUUACGACUUGAUAACGGCGGCACUGACACGGUUGCAGAAGAUUGGUUCUGGUCUGGAAUCUUUGUGGAGAAGGCUCCAAUUUCCACGAGCGUUGCGGGUCCGCUGGCAGAGUAG